AUGCAUUAUAGCAGAAUCAUUGCUUGCCAAGUCUGGCAUAUCCAGCAGCUUGUGACUCAGUUUCUGCGCAAGCCAGCAAUGGAAGUUGUCAAGAAUAUUUUACUUUUGGUCACUGUGUAUCGCUUGCUGAAAGCUGUUAUGCGUCAGCUGCGUGCAAAGGGAUUGGUUGCUACUGGAAUGCAUUAUCGUCGUCUAGUUAUCCAGUCAAUCAUUAGUAUUGUUCGCUCAAGUAGCUCGUCUGCAAAUGCAUUGGUGCAACAGCAGAUCGACAAGACUGUAAAGUCUAUUCACAAAAAAAUGGUGCACCACGCUCCUGGCGACAAAAUAUAUCUGAGACUACCAGACAAAGGAUUGAGCGAGCGAGAGCUGCGUGUAGAGCUUUCUAGAUAUAAAAAUAUGGGAGAUGUAGAUUGGGAAGGUGGUCGUGUUUCGGGGACUAUAUAUCAUGGCGGAGAAGAUCUUUGCUCAAUCUUGACUGAAGCUUAUGGCAUGUUUAGCAUUUCAAAUCCACUCCACCCAGAAGUCUUUCCUGGUGUUCGUCAAAUGGAGGCCGAGAUUGUUUCCAUGGUUGCUGCCAUGUAUAAUGGCUCGGCAGGCGUUUGCGGUUCUGUUACUUCUGGUGGAACAGAGAGCAUUUUAAUGGCAAUCAAGGCUUACCGUGAUAUGGCCAAGGAGUUGCGCGGUAUCACUGAACCUGAGAUGGUGGUUCCUAUUACAGUGCAUGCUGCUUUUGAUAAAGGUGCAAAUUAUUUUGGGGUUACUAUUAUACACAUUGCUGUCGACCCCAAAUCAGGCAAGGUGGAUGUUGGCAAAGUUGCUCGUGCAAUCAACAGAAACACCAUUUUGAUUGCAGGAUCUACUCCUGGAUUUUCGCACGGAAUUGCCGACGAUAUUCCUGCACUUGCCGCGCUUGCCAAAAAGCACAAGAUUGGCAUGCACGUCGACUCAUGCCUUGGUGGUUUCAUUGUUCCAUUUGCUGAAAUGGCUGGGUUUCCACUUCCUUACAAAACCGACUUUCGUGUUGAUGGAGUUACCUCCAUUUCAGUAGAUCCCCAUAAAUAUGGCUUUGCUCCAAAAGGAUCAUCCGUGAUUCUUUAUAAAUCCAAGGACAUUCGCAAAUACCAGUAUUUUGUUCAAACAAUGUGGCCAGGAGGUGUUUAUGGAUCCCCGUCUGUUGCUGGUUCUCGUCCAGGCGCGUUGAUUGCUGGGUGCUGGACAGCUAUGCUUAAAUUUGGUAUAGACGGUUAUGUGCAGACUACAAAAGAUAUUAUUGGUGCAGCUCGCAGAAUUCGUGCAGGACUCGCUGCUAUUCCAGGAAUUCGGAUCAUGGGCGACCCACUGCUUACAGUUGUAGCAUUUGAGGCUAUACAUCCAAUAAAAACAUAUGCGGUUGCAGAUUUGGUUUCUCGCAAAGGAUGGCACUUGAAUGUGCUUCAAUUUCCUGCGUCUGUCCAUAUUGCAUGUACCAUACUCACCGUUCCUAUUGUAGAUCACUUGAUUGCUGACGUUGCUGAGGCUGUUGAGAUUCUUCAAAAAGACCCGACAGCUGGAAAUGGAGACUUGGCUGCUAUUUAUGGUACCGCUGCCACUGUGGACGAUCGUUCGAUCAUUGCUGAAGUAGCCCAAGGGUUUCUUGACGGACUCACAAUGAUAUAG